UGAGAGGGUGAAAACGUUUUACCUGGUAGUGUGCGGUAAGAUCCAUGUAUCGACGAAUGGGAGAUGUGAACUGAACGUAACCAGGAAUUCCGAGCACUCCAUGUCGAACGGGACAUCUGAAAUUCAUUUCUGCAGCACGCAUUACUUUGACAAUGGAUGCAGAACGAACAGGUCCUUCUGGAAGAUGCGCAAAUGCAGACACGUCAAUGUUUGACUGUGGCUGUCCUCUAUAUGCGCAAAUGCAGACACAUUCUUUGUCUAUUGGCAACUUUAUUGAUAAACAAAGGAGAAAGUCUUGAAACUGAUUGCACCAAGUCAACUGGUUGACUUUAGUUGUGAUCUCUCAGAUCCUGAAACGGACCACACACAACUCCUAAAUCUUAAUGCCUAAGCUUUGAACUAGUUGACUUUGAAACUCACAACAAGAAUUUGAUCGUUGCUGAUUCAAGAAGAUGGGGACAACACUGGGGAAGCCCUUUGUCGGUUUAUUCCAAGAAACCGAACCGAGAAUAGUGUUAUUCGGCCUCCCCGGUACCGGAAAAUCAUCGAUACUCCACAAACUCAAAACAGGUGAAGUGCUUUCCACAAACAUGCCCACCGUUGGAUUAGACAUGGAAAGCUUUAAAUACAAGAACUCGAGCUUCUAUUUCGUUGAAAUGGGCGGGCAAUAUCGGUAUAGGAUGAUACCGUUAUGGACACAUUACUUUCAACAAGUAUCAGGGUUUGUGUACGUGGUCGAUACCAAAGACAGAGAGCGAAUGGAAGAGACAAAGAGUUUCCUUCACAUGGUGAUGGAUGAGAUACAGGGGAAUGUACCGGACAAUGUUGCUGUUCUUGUUUAUGCAAACAAGCAUGAGGUUCCCGGUGCUAUGACUGCAUAUGAGAUCAGUAACGAACUUGAUCUCGCUUCUCUUCGUCAAAAAAACUGGCAAAGAAACUGGCAUGUUCAGAGCUCAUGUGCACUAAGUGGUGACGGUUUACAUGAAGGACUCGACUGGCUCCUGAAAAAUGCUGAGAGAAUGUAACAAAGUUCUGAUAUUAUUUAACGAAUCUUCUGUUUCAAGUUAUUAAGCUCUUCGCGCUUAUAAUAUUUCCAUGUUUCUUAGACAUAACUGAAGCACAAAA